CCGGCGACGAAAAAACAAAACACAUCAACAUGUCGUUCAAAUUGUGCUUGAUCGCGUUGGCCGCCGUCAUGGUCGUCGCAGUUUACGGCGCCGCGACGCCUUUGACAUCGGAGGAAUCCAACGAAUCCAAUGAAUCCAAGGAAACCACUCUGGCCUUCAAGAGCCGACCGGAGCAGAAUUGUCAAUGCAUGCCGUUCAGAUACUGCGACGGAGUGAUCAACAGCGACGUCCAGUGUCAUCCGAGUUACUCGCACGGCUGCUGCGUAAGACCGGAACCGGAACCGAUACCCACGUACGUACCGGAAAGCGAAAAGAACGAGAUCGACGAUUUCAUCGAAGUGGUCAGGAUCUAAGUGUAAACUUCGAUUUUCCUCUAUUUAUUAUUUAAUUGUUCAAUUAUAAAUAUAUAUAUAUUUAAUAACGAAAAACACGCACAUGAAAAUAUGAUCCUAGUCUCAUUUUUAGUUUUAUUUUUAAACGAAAUGUUUGUUUUUUGAUGCGUAGGUGUUGCUAGCUGCGAUUUUGUUUGAAGUCUAAGUAAGUAAUCAUGACUUACUUGGAAUUUAAUAAAUUAAGCUUUAAAA